AUGUACCAUCUAUUCUGGCUAAAAAAUGGCGAACUGAUACAAGAUAAGAGCACUAGAUAUGAGAACUUCGUCAUCACCAGCGAACACAGCCUCAUCAUCUCCAACGUCCGAUUUGAAGAUGGCGGGAAUUAUUCGUGUGGCGCGCAGAAUUUGGCGGGAAAAAGAAUCAGUGAAUCUGCGUCUCUUGUUGUCGUUGUGAAUGGAAACUGGUCGGCCUGGUCCCAGUGGUCAGACUGCAAGUGCGUGCGAGAGAGGGGGCAGAUGACUCGGAAGAGAGUGAGGGUGUGCAACAACCCCCCACCACAAAAUGGGGGACUGCCAUGCCCCGACGAACCCACCCAGAAAUCAAUUUGUGGACCCUGUACCGUUCAGUGGUCUCUGUGGUCAUCAUGGUCAGCAUGCGACAUACACUGCUUACAGCAUAGACAACGAUCAUGCGAGUAUUCACUAGCCGAUAAUACCGGCUCUACCGGUUUGUCGGGCAUUUCGGUUAAUCGUUGCAACGGUGAUGAUCAAGAAUCGGUAAAAUGUCUCGAUGAACCGACUUGCUCGGAUGGCGAAGGGCCGAUCCAAGAACUUGAAAAAAUUCCCAAUGACAAUUAUAAGAUCUAUGUUGGGAUUUCUUUGGCCAUUUUGGUGAUCGUUGUUAUCGUCGUCUGCGGAUUUGUCGGCUUUAAGAGGAUCAGAAAGAAUUUUAGAGUUUCCAAUCUACUUCUGAAACCGGAAACUUCAAAAACCAUCUUGGUCAUGUCUGCCAACAACAACAACAACCUUACUAACAACAACAACAACAACUUGACGUACAACAACAACACUUUCAACUCCCAACAACAGCAACAGCAGCAGCAGCACAACAUCAGCCCAUCGUGUAGCAUGCAGUCGAACAACACAGAGAGUAGCACGAUCAACGACUCGUCCCAUUACUGCGACGUGAACAACUUGCUCCCAGACAACCACAACAACAACAACAUCGACAGAAACUACAAUAUAGUCGACGACUGUUGCUACAACAACAACAUCAACAACAACUCAACUUCUCAAUACGCAAAAUACACCCAACUAAACAAUCUUGAAAGAUCUUUCAUGUUGCCCAAGUACGUAUCGGCCAACGUAUGCACAGACGCGUUGAGUUGGUUGAGUCUUGACGAACAUGGCGGAACUAUUUGCAUCAGCGGAUCAAAUAUCAGCUUGACGAUACCAGAAGGUGCGCUGGCCUGUGGCGAGGUGGUCGAGUUUUUCAUCGGAGUGUCCAGAGAUGAUAAAGACCGGCCUCACUUGAAUGAAUCCCAAACAGUCCUUAGCGACAUUUUAAUUUCCGGUCCAACUGACGUCCAACUCCUUAAGCCGGCCAUCUUGUCUUUUCCUCAUUGUGCAAACAACAACAACAACCACAAUAAUAAUAACAACAACAACACACAUAAUAAUAAUGAUAAUAUAUAUAAUAUAAAUAAUAACAUGAAUAAUAAUAAUAUUUACGAUACUAUCAUCUGUGAUAGUGGCAACGACAAUUUUGACGAUUGUAAUGGUAACUUAAAUAAAAUAUUCAACAACAACAACAAUAAUAAUAAUAAUAAUGUCAUGAACAACAACAUCAAUCUCAACAACACCAACAACAUUAGCGUUUUUAACAAUAAUUGCAAUAACAACAGUACAAACGUUAACCACAAGCUUGUGAAUAACAUCAACAACAACAACAACAAUAAUACUAAUAAUAACAAAAACAACAACAACACUAAUUGGUUGCAUUACGUCACGCAUAGUUCCUUGGAUUAUAAGGGCAGGCCUGGUUACAAGCAAAUUUGCACGGUGGGGCGCGAGACCAUCAACACCCCCGUCUACGUGCACCUGGACGCGACUGACUGCCACAUAAUGACGGAGCAGCUGGGCCAGUUUGUUCUAAUCGGGGAGCCUACAGGGCUGGCCGUAAAACGAAUUCGACUCGCUGCAUUCGCGCCGAAAAUUUCUCCGUCUAUGGAGUACAACAUUCGGGUCUACUUCGUCGAAGAUACGCCAGAUGCUUUGAAGGAAAUACCUUUCAAACACAUUUGGAACGAUCACCCGACGGCCCUGCACUGCUCCUUCACUUUAGAGCUUGUAGACAGAACUCAAAUUAGUUUGAUGUGCGACAUUCAGAUAUUUCAAACUGGUAACCUCGCAAAUGCUAGGGUGCUUAAUAUUGCCCAAUGUGUUGCCGAUAGUAUGGCGUCUAGUUACUCUCAUUUAUCGCUGGCAAGACCAAAGACUAUAAAUAACAACUCGAACGUCAGUCACGUGAGCAGUUACAACAACAAUAACAACAACACCAACAUUAAUAACAUCAGCAACAAUAAUAACAAUGAUGAUGUGAUUGAGAAAAUUGGAGAUGGCAAUGAUGAAUACAAUGGCAGAUAUGGCUUUCCGUUUUUUAGAUUGCCGAUAAACUUGAGGAGACAACUGUGCCACAUUCUGGACGUUCCGAACUGCAGGAUGAAUGACUGGAGGAAGCUGGCUCAGCUGCUGAAACAAGACAGGUACAUAAAUUACUUUGCAACAAAAUUGAGUCCGACGGAUCACAUCCUUAGCUUGUGGGAAGCAAGAACUAACAACAACAUCAUCAACAUCAACAACAACAUUAACAACAACAACAAUAAUAAUAACAACUACAACAAUAGCAAUAAUUUUAUUAUAAACGUUAAUGAUGAGGAAGACGACGACGACAAUGUUUUUAAUAAUAAUAAUAAUAAUAACAAUAAUACCAACAAUAUUAACUAUCAUAAUAAUAAUAGCAGUAGCGUGAUUUAUAGUAGAAAUCAUAAUAAUAAUAGUAAUAAUAAUAAUAAUAGUAAUAAUAAUAAUAAUAACUUGAAAUAUGUAGAAGAAUUAGUUGAAUGUUUCAGAUGCAUGGAGAGGCCAGAUAUUUUAAACGUCUUUGAACAGCAGAGAUUCGACAUUUAAAUUCUGAAUCUUUUUUUUUUGUUUCUUUGUUUUGUUCGUUUUUAUUUUUUUUCCCACAAAAUUAACACGUGAUAAGGAAAUAGAUAGAUGGAUAAAUGUAUGGAUAAUGUUUGAAUGAAUGAAUGAAUGAUGAAUGAAUGAUUCGUUGGUUGAAUGAUUGAAUGGUCUGUUUAAUUCAUGUUUCGUACAACCAUUAUCAGUCGAUAACAAUAAAUAUCGAGGUUUUUAUUUCAUCCCUGAUUUUCAUUGUAUAGAAAUUUUAUGUAUAAUAAAAAAAAUAAAU